CUGCUCAGUAACGUGUGAACCGGUAACCAAGCAACACCUAUCGAGCAUGGAGCUCUUGACCUUGACUUUGUCGUUGCUGGUCGCGCUCGCGACCGGGCUGUAUCUGUUUGUGCGCAACCGGUACAAUUACUGGAGCAACCGUCAGUUUCCCACCCUGCCCAACCAAAAGCUACUGUUUGGCCACGUGAAAGGUAUUAAUACGGAGCGGCACGCUUCGUACAUCUCGAGUGAAAUCUAUCGCGAGCUUAAGAAGCGUGGUGAUGCAUUUGGCGGCUUCAACUUGUUCGUCAUACCGGCGGUAAUGGCGAUCGAUCCGGAGUUCAUCAAAACGAUACUCGUCAAAGAUUUCCACAUCUUUCACGACCGGGGUCUGUUCAGCGAUCCCGAGAUAGAUCCACUGUCCGGCACGCUGUUCGCGCUGCAGGGCAAGGCGUGGAAGAUCCUGCGCCAGAAGCUCACGCCCACCUUCACGUCCGGCAAGAUGAAGCAAAUGUUUGCCACGGUGCUGGAGGUGGCCGAGCGGUUGGGCCAGCACGUGGCCACGCACACCGGCCAGAUGGAGAUGAAGGACGUGCUGGCCCGCUACACGACCGAUGUGAUCGGGACGUGCGCGUUCGGCAUCGAGUGCAAUACGCUGCGCAACCCGGACUCGGACUUUCUCAAGUACGGCAACAAAGUGUUCGAGCAGAAGGUGUCCACCAUGAUCAAGAUCAUUUUGGUGCUGAUGGGGCGAAAGAUUUCGAGCAAGUUUACGCUCAAAAUUACCGACGCCGAUGUGGAAACGUUCUUCAUGAAUCUGGUGCGCGAAACGGUCGAGUAUCGGGAGCGGAACAAUGUGAAGCGCAACGAUUUCCUGAACCUGCUGCUGCAGAUCAAAAACACUGGCAAGCUGUGGGAAGGGGAGGAGGACCACAUUGGCAAAGGGGAGGUCGGCAUGACGAUGAACGAGCUGGCGGCGCAGGUGUUUAUCUUCUUUUUGGCCGGCUUCGAGACGUCCUCGACCACGAUGAACUUCUGUCUGUACGAGCUGGCCAAGCACCCGGACAUCCAGGAGCGGUUGAGGCGGGAAAUCGAGCGUGCGGUGGAGGAGAACGGUGGCGAGCUGACGUACGAUGUUGUGAUGGGUACGGAGUACCUCAACUGGGUCGUGGAUGAAACGCUGCGCAAGUAUCCGCCGCUGGAAACGGUUACGCGUGCGCCCGAGCAUGAUUACACCGUCCCCGGCACGGCGCACGUCAUCCCGAAGGGCACGAUGAUACAGAUACCGAUCUACGCGCUGCACCACGACGCCCAGUACUAUCCCGACCCGGAACGGUUCGAUCCGGAGCGGUUCCGGCCGGAGGUAGCGAAUGCACGGCCCGCGUACGUGUACAUGCCGUUCGGCGAGGGACCGCGCAUCUGUAUCGGGCUGCGGUUCGGAAUGAUGCAGACGAAGGUGGGCCUGAUCACGCUGCUGCGGCAGUUCCGAUUUUCGCCGACGGAGCAAACGCCCGACCGUAUCCGGUUUAUGCCGAACGUGUUUGUGCUGUCGCCGGACAGUGGGAACUAUCUGGAGGUGGAGAAGCUUUGAAGCAGAAGGCGUGUCUUCGUGUUUAAGCAAAUGCAGAUGGUUCCUGCUGCCGUUUGAUGGUGAAAAACCGAGUUGUAUUAUAUUUAUAGCAUUGAUGUUUGUAAUGAUUUCCCUUCCGACGAUCGGCUGUCGAAACUGGAGCUGCGGAACGCGCGCGUCCAUUGCGUCAUCGGCAGGAAAUAGUAUAUGCCGCGCGUAACGCACUCCAUAUGGUGGAUUGUUUAUGUGAAUAAAAGCACUUUUGGCGUUGAGAAACGAUCCCGAACGUACA